AUGGCUUCUCAUCCGUCCAUGCUCUUGGAUCCCAGGGCCUAUAAAAAACAGGCUCAGAACAAUGGUAAUCCUUCCGCUUCUUCUACGUCUUCCCUUUCUACGACAGAUGAUCUUCUUCAAAUGAAGCCUGCCACUAUGCCCCACGAGUUUUCACAAGACCCUGCUGGAUCUUUGACUUCGUCUUCUGCUCCUGCAUCGCCCUUUCCUUCUACCCUUCCCUCCCAUGAUUCCUCGUCUUCCCAUCUGAUGAACGCAUCUAUGCCAACUGAACUGGUUAAUUUCGCCUCUGUUGAGACCGCUGUUCCGUCCACGCUUGGUUCACAUUUGGAUCAGAUGGGCACUACCAGCACAACUGGCGAAACUUCUCUCAAAUCAGUCGAGGCCUUUCCUCCUGCGCUUGAUGAUUCAGCACACAAUACGGACACAAUCAUGGUAACUGAUGAGGCUUCUGUCGCCUCAGUUCAACACCAUAUCCCUAUUGUUCUUGAUUCACUUCCGUGUCAGGUCAAUACAAUCAUGGAAAUUGACGAGGCCCCUCUCGCCUCCGUUAAAGCCCAUGACCCUGCUGCGCUUGAUCUCUCUGGUCCUAAUCCACCUUCCCCUGGCACUUGCCUUUCUGCUCGCGUUACAGACCCCAUGUCUGUGGAAUUGAUAUUGAACUCUGGCUCACUUCUCCCACCCACAGGACGACGCAAGAAGACCGAUAUGUCCCCAGCCCAUCCCAUGGCUCCACCGGGUACUGCCACGCCAAGCUUCCGAGGCCCUUCUUCAGGGAUGGCUUCUCCAAAUCCGUCGACCAGUAGAGUCUCGAGCCCAGCCCCGAAGCCAGAGUCCAAUCUGACCGUACAAUUCACUACGGCCCUUGACGAAGCAAAUGAGAGUGAUUCAAAACGUAGUCAUUACGAAAUGAGCGACGAGGAAGAUUUUCGUCGAUCAAAUUUCAUCGAAGACGUCUAUGGCGUUGAACAUCGGAAAAAUCCCCCGACGAAGAAGGUCAAGACUGACGAAACAGACGCGAUGCCCAAAAUUGCUAACACACCAAUCACAAUCUCUGGCGAUACUGGACUCGGCAAGUUCAUGAAGGAAGGGGAGGGCAAUCAGACUGCAAAUCGGACUGCUUCUGCUGUUGUUGAUUUGACCGCAGAUGCUCCCAACGCAUCCAACGAUGAUGAUGAUGACGACGUGCAAUGCACAGGGUCUGCUGAUCUUAGCACCCAAGAGGUCUGCUUCGGAAAAAUCGAAGCCGCUUUCAUCAAUGCCCAUCAUGUCCCUCAACCCUCACCAAAUCCUCUCCACAACGACAUCACGUCUCACUGGCCUUCCAUGAAGCUCGAGCUCCGGCGUCAGCCUACAGGCGAUUUCCAAAUUGAUGCUAUCGAUCCCUACGAGAAGGCUUUUGGCUUUGUUGACGCGAAGACUGCUCUUGCGCUAUGCCCAUUGCUUGACUCCGCUUGGCCCGUGAGACUCACUGCGCGACUCGACACCCGGAGGAGGGUUCCUGGAGAAGUUAUUGGAGAACCGGUAUCCGGUAUCUACCGCGUAUCCAUCAAUCUCUAUGGCCAGAGGCAGCAUGCCAAUGCAAUUGGGAAGUACCUGGGCCAAAAAAAUGUUUGGCUAGGCACUCCAGUGACCAUGGAACAAGGAGCUACACUUUUCAACCCACACGCGCACAUGCGCCGUCAGAUGAACACAGCAGCAGUUGUGAACAAUAACACCACUGGACGCUCGGUCCCUCGAUAUGAGGUUCGAACUGCCGAGGAGGUGAAUGAUGCCGUUAUGAAGAUGUUUGAUCAGCUCAUCACUAAGGACAUCCCAACAAAGGAACCAACUUCUCACAUUCUAACGCCUCUGCUGCCUCAUCAGAAGCAAGCACUUUGGUUUAUGACAGAGAAAGAGCAGCCGCGCAAGUUCGGCCCCAACGAGGAAGACAAUAACUCAUUGUGGCGAGAGGUCCGCGCUCCUAAUGGGAAAACUCAAUACCGCGAGAUCAUCACAGGAAUUGUUCUCGAUGGCAAACCCGAGGAGUCGCUGGGAGGCCUGUUGGCUGAUAUGAUGGGUUUGGGCAAGACCUUGAGCAUUCUGUCUUUGAUUACCUCCUCUCUUGAGUCAUCUCUUGAAUGGAAAAGAUCGGCACCUCAUCCCAACCUUGUUCGCACGUUUCCGGGUAUUCGCAAUACACGCACUACUCUUCUGGUUGUUCCUCUAAGUGCUGUCAGCAACUGGGUUUCACAGAUCAGUGAGCAUCUUGCUCCAAACAGCAUCAAGUGUCAUACAUUCCAUGGCCCAAAUCGCAUUACUGAUGUGGAUGAACUUGCCAAAUUUGAUGUUCUCAUCACCACCUACAGCACCAUUCUCAGCGAGAUGAAUGGCCGAGGCGCCAAGCGCGGACAAAGCCCUUUGAAGUUGAUGAACAUGUUCCGCAUUGUUCUUGAUGAGGCACACACCAUCAGAGAGCAGAAUGCAAGACAAACAAAGGCUAUACUGGAUCUCAAUGCUGAGCGGAAGUGGUCUGUGACUGGAACUCCGAUUCAGAAUCGGCUGGAAGAUCUCUUGUCUGUGACCAAAUUCCUCCACAUUUACCCUUACAAUGAACGGAGCAGUUUCGUUCAACACAUUUUGAGUCCUUUCAAGACUGGUGAUCCCGCUGUUCUUGCUAGCUUGCGAGUCAUGGUGGACUCUUUCACUUUGCGCCGUGUUAAGGACAAAAUCAAUCUGCCACCCCGUAAUGAUAACAUGGUCACAUUGGAUUUCACCGAACAGGAGAAGCAAUUGCAUGAGUUCUUCCGCAAUGAGUCCAAUGUCAUGAUGCGCGUCAUUGCUGGAGAGAGCAAGAGCAAGAUGGGCGGCCGCAUGUACCACCACGUUCUGAAGGCCAUGAUGAUUCUUCGCCAAGUCAGUGCCCAUGGAAAAGAGCUUCUGGACAUUGAGGACCGCGAGCGGAUCAAAGGAUUGUCUGUGCACGAUGCGAUCGAUCUGGAGGAAGGUGAACCAGCUGAGACACCCGCAGCCUUGAAUAAGAAGGCGUAUGGCAUGUUUUCUAUGAGACAGGACAUGGCGGAGGAUCUGUGUGCCACCGAAACCUGCAACAAAAGCCUCGAGCCAAUUCUCGCCGCGAAUGGAGAAGUCGACGGCGACGCCCCGAUGGCGAUAUACCUGCCUUGCGGCUGUGUCUUCUGUCCAAAUUGUUUCUCUGGUUGGAAAGAAGUGUUCGACUCGAACACUGACACUCCCAUGGAGUGCCCCGGUUGCAAGGGAUGGACCGCUAUGGCCUACUCCGUGAUCACACCCAAUGGCCUUGACGAGUACCAGGCCCAGCAGGAUCAAGAACGCCGUGACCGUCAAACUGGGAAGGUCGGAAAGGUUUUCGGUGAAUAUGAGGGCCCGCAUACUAAGACCAUUGCACUGCUCAAUUACCUCAAGGGAAGCGUCGAGGACAGCAAAAAGCUCGAGGGCGAAUCGCCUAUCAAGAGCGUUGUCUUCUCCGGCUGGACCUCCCACCUGGAUCUCAUUGAGAUCGCCCUACGAAACAACGGACUGGACAGCUUUGUCAGACUAGACGGCACAAUGACUCUCGCUGCACGCAUGAAGGCUCUUGAUCUUUUUGCCAAAGAUGAUUCGAUCACCAUUCUCCUGGCCACCAUUGGUGCAGGUGGUGUCGGCCUCAACCUGACAUCCGCAUCCCGUGUCUUCAUCAUGGAGCCACAGUAUAAUCCCGCCGCCGUCGCUCAAGCCGUUGACCGUGUCCACCGUCUCGGACAGACUCGGCCCGUGGAGACAUACCAGUUCAUUAUGAAAGGCAGUAUCGAGGAGAAGAUCCAAGAACUUGCUAAGAAGAAGCAGCAGCUCGCAGAUAUGAGCAUGAAUCGGGGGAAACUGGAUAAGCGGGAGGUUCAGGAGGCCCGCAUGCGCGAGUACCGUUCCCUCUUCAAGUGA